AUGGCAAGGCCCAAUCAACGCAAAAAGCUCAUUCCAAAAGUAGACGAGAAGCAUACUUUCCUUCUCACAGGAGUCAUUAACCGUUUCCUGGUUUCAACAGAUGGUAUCACGGGCUCAGAAGAGUAUUAUUACAUGGAGAUUACAGAGUCUCUUCCAAGAAGAAUUGUAGAAUUAUCGUUACCGAUAUUUUUAGAUGAAGCUAAAUGCGGAAAAGCGGAAAUGUGUAGCAGUCGAAAUUCAAGGGGUUAUCGGAGCAUUCCUAAGUCACAAAAUCUCCGUUUGUCACAUUCGCGAGCAUUGUCAUUUGAAGACCACAUGGGGGUAUUCAUAAUAAAAAUGGAAGGAAAGGUUUUUUGA